AAUCAUGAGGAAUGAGAUAGCAACCUUUAGGAAGAUAAAGUUCAUGGUUUUCUCUCUGACUAAAUAGUCAUAUUGACGGCUACACAAAUCAGUAGCAUAUGGCUACAAUUUUCCUUUCUGUGCUAUAUAAGUCCUGAAACUUGCAUAUGCCUCUUCAAACCAUCCAUAAAACUGAAGUACCAAAACACCACAUCAAAAACUUAUCUCAUCAGAAGAAGUACGCCAUGAUCAACCCUAAGAGGCUAGUUCAACUGGCAAAGAAGUGGCAACAUAUGGCAGCUCUUGGGAGGCGGAGGCUGACGGCCAUGGGAGCAACCAAAGAUGGCAACCUGCGGUGUUCAUCAUCCAUUGCAGAUAAGGGCCACUGCAUCAUUUAUACAACUGAUGGAGAGCGAUUUGAGGUUCCAUUGGCAUAUCUCAGGACAACUGUGUUUGGGGAACUCCUAAGGUUGUCUGAGGAUGAAUUUGGAUUCACAGGUGAAGAAAGGAUCACACUUCCUUGUGAGGCAGCGGUGAUGGAGUAUGUGAUGUGCUUGCUUAGCAGAAAACCCUCGGAAGAGGUGGAGCAGGCAGUUGUGAGCUCUGUCGUGAUGCCUUGUAAUUACAAGAGUAGCACCAGCAUGGUUUCAGUUGGUCUUAGCCGGUCACUAGCUAUAUUUUAGCUACUGAGAUGCACUGUCUUCAUGAUGUGCGAUCGUUUUUGGUAAUUCUUAAUGAAAUGUAGUGUGUAAAUAGAUGUAUAUACCUAGUAAGGAAGCAAAGAAAUGCAAUUCUGCAGUUGGUUCAA